GCCGAAGCCAUCGUACAAGGUGCAUUUAUCGCCCAAGCAACGUCAACGUGCACACAACACAAGCAAAGGGGUCCAUCACAGUGUCGAAUUGCGACCAUGACAUGGCGUUCAAGGAUGGUAUGACGCAGCUCGUCUCGGUGGUUCGACGAUUUCCAAGGCCAGUAUCGGCGGCCCCGCCAAAAAAAUGCGCGCACAGCGAUGAGAAGCAGACGUCGAACAGAGCGUUUUUGUCGCGAAAGCGUUCGGAGUGGCGGCAUGUUAGUUGUGGCAUUCCUCAGCCACCAUAAAUUCCAUAAAUCAUACACUUUGCCAUUUGUACAUGUGUACUUUUCGUUUAGUAUUGGUGGUGGAAGCAGCCAAUUCGUCGAUGUAGUUUCAGCAUUACUGGUGGUUGGCGGCAGCGGCUGAGAUAUUCCUUCAGAUAAAGUAGUAUCUGGGGAAUUCUGUCGCGCCAUGUUUAGUAAUAACUUCUCCCCAAACUGGAAAAGUGUACCAUUGAGUUGCUCCAUUUUCACUGAUGCUGUGUUAUGGUUGGUAGAGUCCAAGACAUUGCGAAGUUGGAGAGGGAUAGAUUUAAACCCGUCGUCAACAUGUUGAGCCAACUUCCCCAAGUUGGUUUGGACAACUCGCAAUUGCUGGUACAACGGGACGUGUGGUGGGAUGCCAGUCGCCGUCAUGUUGGUGAUGGGAUUGUACAAGGUACCACCGUGAAGGCCAGCUGCAAGGGCUGUCAGCGACCCGGACAACCACACAGGGGACAGAAACAAGGGGUGGCUGUGGUGGAGAGUACUCUUCAACCAUGCGUGGUGGUGGACCAACGACGCCAGCAGAUAUGGGACGGCCGAUCGAAACGUAGCCGGAUAAAGCGAUGAGUAUCCCGGCAAGUUUGACUCCCACUGUGCUGGACUGAGCGAGAUCGAUGGCCCAAAAUGUGGUGGAAGCGCUCCAAACUCG